AUGGCCGACGACUGCUGCUCCCCUUGCUGCCGGCCGUCUUGCUGCGUGCCCGUGUGCUGCAAGCCCGUGCGCUGCGUGCCCGUGUGCUGCAAGCCCGUGUGCUGCACGCCCGUGUGCUGCAAACCAGUGUGCUGCACUCCCGUCUGCUGCACACCCACUUGCUGCCCCACCCCGUGCUGCCGCCCAGCCUCCCGCGUGGCUCUGCUCUGCCGCCCGGCCUGCGGUGCGCCCUGCGGGGCCGGCUGCGGCUCGGCCUCCUGCUGCCAGCCGGCCUGCGGCCGGGACGGUUGCUGCGGCUCGGUGUGCUGCGGGUCCGGCUCCUGCCAGUCCUCCCGCUGCACAACCCUCUCCUGCCGGCCCGUCGCGUGCGUGCCCGUCUGCUGUAAGCCCGUGGCCCGUUGCCCCACCUCCUGCUGCCCGCCAGGCUCCUGCCCUUCCCUCCUCUGCCGACCUGCUUGUCCCAGCCCAGCUUGCUGUUGA